AUGGCCACAAACGGCGGCGUCGGUCCGAAAGCGACCACCCUGAGCCAAGUUCAGGAACUCUUCAUCGGCGGAAAGCACAAGCCAAGCUCGGACAACGUAGAAUUCCAAGUCAUUAACCCGAUGACGGGAGCUAAUAUAUACUCUUGCGCCUCUGCAACAGUCGAUGAUGUUUCUGAGGCUAUAGAGAGCGCCCACACCGCAUUCAAAUCUUGGUCCCGGAUGGGUCCCUCGGCAAGGCGCUCCAUCUUCCUCAAGGCUGCCGAUAUCCUCGAAGGCUAUAUCCACGGAGACGCGCCGGAGAUUCUGGCCUCCGAGGUCUCAGCCACGGCGACCUGGGUCAAAGUGAACAUCUUCUCCACGGCCAACGUUCUUCGCGAGGCAGCGGGGCUUGUGACCCAUAUUAAGGGAGAGAUUGUUCCCGCAGACAGACCCGGGACUACAGUCCUCAUAACGAGAGAACCUCUUGGCGUGAUGUACGCCAUAAGCCCGUGGAACGCGCCCGUGAAUCUGACAGCUAGGGCCAUUGCCUGCCCCCUAAUCUGCGGCAACACCGUCGUCCUCAAGCCCUCAGAAUAUAGCCCGAAAUCACAGCACCUUGUUAUUAAGGCAUUGACCGAAGCCGGCCUGCCUGCUGGGUGUAUCAACUUCGUGCCCUGCAGCCCCGAUAGAGCAGCUGCCAACACUGAGUUUGCUGUAAAGCACCCUACAGUACGGCAUAUCAACUUCACUGGCAGCGAGCGUGUGGGCAAAAUCAUCGCUGGCUGGGCAGCAUCGUGCGUCAAAAAGUGUGUGUUUGAGUUGGGUGGAAAAGCGCCUGUCAUUGUUCGUGAGGAUGCCGACCUCGACGAUGCUGUGGAGUCUAUUAUCUUCGGGGGCCUUGCGAAUAAUGGCCAGGUCUGUAUGUCGACGGAGAGAGUCAUCGUUCACAAGUCCAUCUCCGGCGACUUCAAGAGUAGGCUGCUCGCCCGCGCCGGAGCCCUGAAAUGCGGAAACCACCAUGUCGAGAAGGACGUCUCCAUUUCCGGGCUCUUCACGCCAGCUUCAGCAUCCAGGGUCUUGGGUCUUGUUAAGUCGGCGGUGGACACUGGGGCAACCCUGCUGAUGGGGGACAUGAAACUCGAUGGCCCGAACAAGACGAUUAUGCGGCCGCAUAUCCUUGAGGGUGUGACGAGGGAGAUGGACCUCUAUCACCAGGAGUCGUUUGGCCCUGUUAUGAUACUCCUUGAAUUCGAGACUGAUGAGGAGGGUGUUGACCUGGCCAACGACAGUGAUUUUUCGCUCUGCGCGAGCGUGUUCUCCCGGGAUGUCAUGCGGGCCAUGGAGCUGGCCAAGCAGGUCAGGGCCGGCAGUUGCCAUAUUAACGGCCCGACAAUUUAUAUCGAGCCGACACUCCCCAACGGGGGUGUCGGCGGUAGCAGUGGUUAUGGCCGCUUUGGGGGGGUAGCUGGGGUGGAAGAGUUCACCGAGCGGAAGAUUGUGAGCUUGGCGCAGCCGGGUAUGAAGUACAGCUUCUGA